UUAAGAGUAUAAUAUGUUUCUUUUAUUUCAUGUUUAUUUUCGUUUUUCUUUGUUAUUCAUUAACAAUUUCUCUCUUCUCUACGUAGACUAUUUAUAUUUAGAAGGCCUUUCUCAGGGACCUAGUUUUGGCGAUGGAGAAAAUUAUGAUCCAGAUUCCGGAUCUGGUUCCGGCGAUGGAGCUUUUUGCCCUAACCCCUGUCUCAACGGAGGUACAUGUGUGGGGACUGGCUAUUGCCAUUGCCCUUUAGGAUUUGCAGGCGACAGCUGUGAGGAGAAAAUUACAUCCGUCACGUGUAGUAGCGACUCAAUGACCGUCGUCAUAAAGAAAUAUAAAACAAAUGAUACUUUCCCGGAAGAUGUCCAUUUUCGUGACCAUUCCUGCCCAUAUAUCAGCAGUGGUCCUACUAAUGUGACAUUUUUUACGAAGUAUAAUGAGUGUGGUACAAUCAGAACGGAAAAUGAAACGGACAUAACAUUCUCGAAUGUUAUCACUUAUUACAAGCCAGAGCCUAUACCUGGCACUGAAAUCACCCGCCAAUAUCAGAAGCAGCUUGAGGUUUCGUGCUCUCUUGACAAGACCUCGCAAGUGGACCGAUCUUUCAAACCUACGCUUGGUGAAAUUAAGUUUACCGAUAAGGGAUCCGGUCACUUCCGCCUGGACAUCGCAAGGUUCAUGAACGAGUCCUUUGAUGAGCCCGCGUAUGGCAACGCUGAGGUCUGGCAAAGCCAGGCGCUCUACUUCGGAGUCCACCUUAAAUCGUCGGUAGAAGAAGUUGGUAUGUUUAUCGAAAGAUGCUGGGCGACCGCCGGCCCAGACAGUGACUCCACUCUACGACAUGAUCUGUUUACUGACAGAUGCCCUUCCGAUGUUGAUGAGACGGUUCAAGUCUUUUUUCCGAACAAAACGGAUCGAGAAGGAUUUAAGUUUGACGCAUUUGCCUUUGUCGGAGAUCAUGAUAUGGUGUACGUACAUUGUGAAGUGAAGGUUUGUAUGAAUGACGAGGCCAAUUUGUAUCGAGAGUGCUCCUACACUCUUGCUUUGGGACGCAAACGUCGAUCUUCUUCCUUCAUUUCCACUCAAACGAUCAGUAGUGCGCCGAUUCGAGUCCGCCGCUCAACCAACGAUAUGGCUACUCGUGACCUGCCUGUCUACAAUUCUUUUGGGAUGUUCCUCAUUGGAAUGGUCGCAACCGUGGCUGCCGUAGCAACCCUGAUGGGUGUGGUCAAGCUAAUCCGUCGUCCAACCGGCAUCAGCUACAAGCCAGUCCCAACUGCAUCCAUGGAAAGGAUUUAGACAUGUUAGAAGCGAUUUGAAUGAGCAGAUCUCAUAUUCGGAAUGACGUCAUGUGGAUUAGCGCGCUUCUUGACCUCAUGGUGCGCAAUGUCAAGGGUCAAUUGUUAACAUUUUAAAUGUUCCUUCAAUGAAAUAAGAAAAGUUCAAAACUUUCUAACGCUCGAAACAACAAAUAAAAAAAAACCGAUUGAAAAAAAAAAUCCGCUGAUGUCAUUC